GGCCCUCGUCCUCACUGGCUGAGCCGGGCGCCGCCACGACACCCCGGACGAGUACCUGAAAACAGGCAAUCCAUUUUAGCCAGAAUUUGGACCUUACCCUACACCUUCCACGGGUAUUUUUCAGAUGCAUCUUCUUCUAAGGGCAAAAAGAAGUGUUACUGGAAGGAGAUAUGUUGAGUGAGUGGGUGGAAUGGGAUGAAAUAAGGGUAUAGUUUCCGGAGUGGCCCUAGCGGUGGCGGUGGGAGGUGUCGGCGCGGAUGUAGGCAGCGGCCGCGUCAUAAGCUCCGCCCAGACCGUCUUGAAGCUGUCCGGCCCGCGCGCCUACAUUGCACUUCCACCACUAUUUUCUCCACGUUUUUUGCUUCUCGUUUACACAGAACUUCUCACACAAGUAGGGGGGGGAUUUUAAGGUUUGUCUUGCCUUGACCUGAAGGAAUGAGGAAGUUGUGAGAAAGAGUUGAUGGAGAAAAUUGCCAGUAGAGAAGAUUUCCAGUAGAGGUUGAUAACACAGGCAGAGAUCCGGCCCUCGCUCGCACCAUGAGGCGGGACUUCUGACGCCCGCGGAUUAAUUCACCUCGCUGCCUCGAAAUCUCCCUGGCUCUCUGUCACUCAGUAUUUUUGCAGGCCAGCAGAUCUUGCCUCGCCAUGAUAAGCAACCCGUCGGGAAGUGGUGGAUCCCAAGAGAGGAAGUUCCUGCAAUGUCAGCAUUGAGUAAUAGCCACCGGUGGAUUUUUUGCGGUCAUGUGCGUGUGAAGUUGAUCACAAUCGGCCAGGCCGAAGGUGUGACGCGGGACGCGGAUGCUCCGCCUCCCUGGCCCAGCCAUUGGCUGAACUGGUGUUGACGGACCAAUCAGUAUUGUUGGCGGGUGUCGGUGGCUGGUGUGGCGGUCAUGACUUGGUGGUCGCCAGUGUAGGUGCGAACGCGCGAUAGGAAGGCUGAGAGCCUGUACGUUCCAAGUGUCACAUACCACGCCUCUGCACCUCCUGCCACCUUAUACACCCGUCUAGGCUCACUCUUUUACACACCCUACCCGAAAAGUGCUCUCUCUCUCUGGAGGUGGCCAGGAGGUUUGCUCUAGUGAAACGCAAGGGAAAAAUAAUAAAAGCACUUGUGAUAUUUUUUGAUAAAUCGUGCGAGGAAUUAUUGUUUAUUGUGAGAUUUUGGUUGGUGGUACUGUGGUGUUGGACGAAUGUGUUGGUGUGGAGAGGUGGUGGUGGGGCGGUGAUGGUGUAGUGUGUUCAAGCAUCCCCCCACCCCCCCACAAGCACCUGCCUCAUGCGCUUCGACAACCUGCAGGAGCUCGGCCACCUCGUCAACUCCCCACUCAACUCCCCCCCUCCUCCUCUCACCCCUUUGGGCGUGGGCGGCAGCAUGGCAUACCAUCCGUUCCUCCUCCAGAGACCUACAGACUUCAGCGUCAACUCACUCCUUACCCAGUCACCGUCGUAUCUCCCGACGCUGGGGCUGCCGGCGGCGGCGGCAGCUGCAGCGGCCGCAGGUUCUCCUAACCCCUACAGUCUCCUGCCUAAGUUUCCUGGGCAUCUAGGACAUCCCUUCACCACCGCCGAGGAUGUGCUCUCCCAGUCGCACAUGCGGCCGCUGCGGUCACUCUUGCCGGAGGAAGACGGGGUAGUAGACGAUCCCAAGGUGACCCUCGAGUGCAAAGACCUGUGGGAGAAGUUCCACAAGCUGGGCACUGAGAUGGUCAUCACCAAGUCCGGCAGGCAAAUGUUUCCUCAGGUGAAAUUUAGAGUCUCUGGACUUGACCCGAAGGCGAAGUACAUCCUCCUGCUAGACAUCGUGGCUGCUGACGACUGUAGAUAUAAGUUUCACAACAGCCGGUGGAUGGUGGCGGGCAAGGCGGACCCGGAGAUGCCUAAGAGAAUGUACAUCCACCCGGACAGCCCGGCCACGGGGGAACAGUGGAUGCAGAAAGUCGUCUCCUUUCACAAGUUAAAACUCACCAACAACAUCUCCGAUAAACAUGGAUUUGGAGGAGCGGAAGCCAAGACGAUCUUGAACUCAAUGCACAAGUACCAGCCGAGGUUCCAUCUAGUGAGGGCCAACGACAUCCUGAAGCUGCCCUACUCCACCUUCCGAACGUACGUCUUCAAGGAAACGGAGUUCCUCGCCGUCACCGCCUACCAGAACGAGAAGAUCACCCAACUCAAGAUCGACAACAACCCCUUCGCCAAGGGCUUCCGGGACACUGGCGCAGGAAAGAGAGAGAAGAAUUCUACAUUCUGCAGGAACGUAGUGAUGACUCGGUCUUCUGAAGAGCAGAAAAUCGACCACCAGAUCGCCCUUCCCAACAUCAGGAACUACCCAGACAACUCUGCGCCCAUGGAGUCCGAGAACCACAAGGAUGACGACGACGACGACGACGAACGACUAGACGUGGUGGGAACGACAGACUCUCACAGCGACGCGCCGCACGCAGAAUUGAUGGACUCUGACGUGUCUGGGGAGGAGACAAACAACAACGCUGCCGAUGACUCCGGUAGAGACUCCGUGAAGCGGAAGAGCGAUCUGGACUCCGACAUGGACGACCCGGGGUCUCUGGCGGCGCUGAAGAAAGCGGCGCCCGAGAAGGACGAACCUUCCAGUUCCAGCGGUUCCGACCCAGCGCCUAACAUCAGCGUGGGUCCGCCCUUUCAGCCACCCCACCUCCUACCCUACUUGUACCCCCAUGGCCUCUACCCAGGGACACAGGGCUUGGCGGGACUUCCUGGUCUCAUGCUUCCCGGCUCCGGUACAGGUCUGAGUCCACACAGCUUACAGCUACCUUUACUGGGGUCCGGGGCGGGGGCGCCGCCCCACGGGUCAUCGCCAUUAUCUCCGCCCACGUCCCUCCCUGUGGCCCAUAACCUGCUGCUGGCUCACAACCUGCUGGCUGGCGCCGGCCACCACCUGCUAGGCACACACACGUACCAAGGUCUUGCGGGCCUGGCCGUGUCAUCGGUGGGUAGUGGGUGUGGCAGUGGCUCCCUCAGUGCCGCCCCGCCUACCUCCUCCUCACCGGCCGCCCCGUCACCUCUGCUCCCUGACCGCCUCAAGCCGCCUCGCUUCACCCCUUACCUGCCCUCGUCUACCGCCGCUUCCCUCUCUUCCAUGUUGUCGUCGUCAUUGUCGUCGUCGUUGUCAUCGUCCUGCCUCACGCCCACGCUCUCCUCCUCUCUGCUAGGAGAGACUCCGCUGGGUGGGUCUUCAGCAUUCCAGGCGGUGAGCCCCAAGGCGGGGUCACGUCUGGAGGAAGGCGUGCGCCGCUCCGCCGCACACGCCGCCUCCAUAGCCCAUGCCGCCUCAGUCGCUUCAGAACUCAAGUCGAUCGAGAAGAUGGUGAACGGGUUGGAUCGUCGUCCUGACUUACCAGAUCCACUCAAAUUGGCUGAUAAAUGAGGGCGGGCCCCAAGAGCCGCUUCUGGUCACCUGCACACCCAUUUGGUGGCCGUCCACGCCCUCAGUGGCGGCUCGGUCUGCUCCUCUAAUCCACUUUAGCCCCCCUACCUUCUCCACCGGCCCGGGACCUGGCUACCGCGGAUCAGAGAAAAAACAGAGAGCGGAUGGGAGCCCGCACGACCCCCAGGUGAAGCUCAGGAUAACCUAGAUGAGUGUCAGCAGAGCCAAGGAGCUGCUUUGGGGCAGGGGCUGGCUGCUGGGGCCGCCCUGCCUCGUCCUCCUUAACGCUACCAGUGCAAAUAAGACAUGGGACACCUCAAGGCGUGCACAAACACCCAGUUCGGCGCUGUGUGAAGGUCGGCAGUGUGUCGCAUAUUGCACGUGUAUAUAGUCCGUAAAGCUACUUGUUAGUAGAGCGUAUACCAAAGAGCGGACCGACAGCAGCUGUUUUGCGGGUGCAUGUAUGUGUGAGUGGAUGCGUGCGUGUGGACCAUGGUUCAGUUGUGUGUACAGUGUCGUUUGUACAGAUGGAUUAGAACAUGGGAGACAUAGCAGCGCUAAAAUUCAUAAACUCGAAGAAAAACGAAAUGAUAUUUGAAAACUCUGAUAAGCUGCAACAAAAAGCAAAAUAAUAUUUAACCUUAUCAGUGCUUGCGUUAAGGUGGUCUUCCCAGACAGUGAAAAUGACGGAAACUAAAGACCCGCCUCUAGUGUUGACCUCUGAAGAGCCCAUAGUGUUAGGGCUCCACUCACUGGGCGAUCUGUGUAGAGGAUAAACUAACGGAGCUUUGGAGGUCUGAGACGAGAAGCAAAGCUCUCGCCAACGUGUGUGUAACCUAAGCCUGUUACCUCAAGGUCGCUACACGACGGCUAGCGGCCCAGGGAGGCGUUCAGGAACUAACCUUUAUUACAUAAAUGAAAACCAGCGAACUCUACUUAAGGUAGUUUCCCAGUGCACCGCUAGAGGGCACUGGCUCCCCCCGAUGGCGGGGGGGUAAUGGAAAUAUUAUGGUGCUUUCUUUUCUCUGGGUGUCUUCUUGUUUUCAUUUUAAUAAACCUACCUACAAUGACCUAAAUCCAUACCUACUACGAACACUGGAUAUUUUUGACGCGCGACGAGAGGUACGAAGCUGUUAAGAGCACGACGAAUCUCAGAAAGAAGUCUUCUACCCUCCCUUCCCCCCCCCAGACCCUGUUCUUCCCACCGUCUGGAGGCAUCCCAAGCACAGGUCGGGAUCUCAAGAAUGCAUAUGUAAUACAAGACUGCAGCAAGGUUUGCAGGAUGUGAUCCUCUGGGUGAAUAUUCCAGGACAGUCAUGCGCCCCAGAGCGACGUUUCGCUCAACGACGGACCGCAUAUACGACGGUGGUGUAUUUGUGACACCGUUCGCCAUCACCCCCAGUGGGAAUGUCAGUAUUUCCAGGAAAUACUGAAACCCCCCCGGUCAUACAGCACCCGGGGGGGAUGAGAUGUAAUCAGGUUUAAUCCACGGGAAGGAGAGGGGGAGGGGGUAGCUCCAAUUCCUUGGAUCACGAGCUUUUCAGCAUCGGUAGCCCACAGUGUGACCUGGUGUAGCUAGAGUUCAUCUGUGAUGAUUUCAGGAUUCGGUGCCAGUGCGUCAUCAAGAUUCAUCACCAGAGAACCUCAGGUUAAUUGCUGACCUCGUGAGUCAUUACUAGUGUGGCCUUGUGGGUCAUUACUGUGGCCCUGUGGAUCAUUACUAGUGUGACCUUGUGGUCAUUAGUGCGACCUUGUAGGACAUUACUAGUGACUUUGUAAGUCAUUAAUAGUGACCUUGUGGGUCAUUACUAGCAUGAGCUUGUAGGUCAGUAGUGACUCUGGAGUCAUUACUAGUUUAACCUUGGGAUAAUUAUUAAUGACCUUGUAGGUCAUUAGUGUGAUCUUGUUGGUCAUUACUAGUGACUUUAGACAGUGUGACCUUUCAAGUCGUUACUAGUGUGACCUUGUGAGUCAUUUAUUAGUGACCCCUGAGUCAUUGCAAAGGUGAUUUUAUGUAUGGUGCAGCAGUGAUUGCCAUGGCUCAACAGUGAUGACCAUAGCCCAACAGUGAUGAGCAUCUCAACAGUGAUGAGCAUGGCUCAACAGUGAUGAACAUGGUUCAGCAGUGAUGACCAUGGCUCAAUAGUGAUGAGUAUAAUUCACCAUGACUCUUAGGCCUACUCCCACAGAACCGUCAGGUCAACACCAGACAGCCAGUCCGCCAACAUCUGUGAUUUCUGAAUCCAAUAAUAAUACUAAUAUCAACAACAACAAAAAUCGGGUCGAGCCGAGUCCCUCUAAGGGUCAUACAGCGCCUGAUCCAAGGGUAGCUCUAGUUCCUUGGAUCAAGAGUCUUACGUAAACUUCACGUCACCUCCCCACCUUCAUUUCCCGAAGGGUUUUAACUGCAUUAUUUAAUGGCCCACAUUUAAAAACCUUUUCGUUCACCUGUCAAGCAAGUGGACACAGCUGGGCCAUGUUUACAUUCAUCUCCCACAUGUCACACUACCUGGUGGACGUUCCAGUCAUUACCCAAUGCAAGUUGAUUGUAAAAGUCUUAUUUUUUCUCUAUAGAAUUAAUGACAGAUUCCAGCUGUUAAAAUUGUCUAUGAUUUUGACGCAGAGAUCACAUGGUUGGCGGACUCAUUAGGAGAAAUUCAUUAUUUUGUACUAAUGUGGGUUGCUUAAAAAGUAAUAUAUAUAUAUAUAUAUAUAUAUAUAUAUAUAUAUAUAUAUAUAUAUAUAUAUAUAUAUAUUCCGAAAUCAAAUACCCAGUGUCAUGUUGGCCAACACUUCCAGCCACCAGUAACUAGAGAAGACAUGUUAAGGAACAAUGAUCAAGCACUGAGCCUCGGUGUUUGUCAUAUACAUUCACAACUAUAAACAUAAUAUUCUCUUAAAGUGAACAAAAGUGUGAUUUUUCUUCCUUUAAGGAUAUUUUCCCGGAUUAUUUGUAUUCCUGGCGCCACUGGUACCGCAAAACCCUCGCAUUACCAUAAUAUUCUGUCUCUGACUCUCUCUCCUGUCUGUGUGGGAACUUCCCAGGUGUUCUGGUGGUAGGUGGCAGCACCCUUUCCUCCCACCAUUAUUUUCAGUAUAUAACCCCAACAACGCUCCGGUCAUAACCUUCCCUCCCUCCCUCCCACUGGAAAAAAGACGUCUGCCAUCUUUACCGUCACACCACAAAGCCUUUUCGAUAUUUCACACUUGAAUUAACUUCUUAAACGUUACAAAUCUUUCAGCUUUUGCGAAAUUAGACAACCAGUCUUGUCCCUAUUCCUUACACUAGCCUUCAACACGAUUCAUUUGCAAGUCGCGAACAUGACUAACCGAGACCUGAGUUAAUGAGAAGUGUUUCCAACGGCAACUGUUUGCCCUGGGAUGGCAUCUGAAUGUUCACUGACUAGCGUUUGUUGACUUAUCAUGGAUACAUUCCUUCCUAAAUCCCUUCACUCCAAGACCUAGCGUGAUGUCUAAUUCCACCUGAUCCCGGUAACUGACUGACUUUUUUUUUUGCAUCACGGUUACUUUUUGGUUAUUGAGAGAGAGAAAUUGUGUCGAGUGAUUCUCUGAUGGGUCAUAAACCUAUACUCUGCAGAGGGAAUAUGAGCCAUACAGUAUUGCCUUCCAAGUAUUUGAAGUCACAUCAAGUAUUUUGAUAUUUUUAUAUUACAUACGAUUUCUUGAUAAUUAUUACAGUUUAUAAUUGUUUUUACUAAAUGAAAAAGAAGCAUGAUUUUGUAUACGUGGUUGUCAUAUGCCUAAAUUUAAUGGAAAGUACAUUGUAUCCUAUUUUUCCCGUCCUAUUUUCUAAAUUAUUUGGGUGCUGCACUCUAGCCACCACGACACCUGCCCAUGUCCAACAUAGCUAAGUUGUCGAAGGUAAAUACAAAUCCUGUUUUGGCCAGCGAUGCGAUUAUUGGUUUGUGCGUUCUUGGAGCUUUUGCCUGUACUCUCCACUGAUUGGCUAUUUGUUAACAAUUUGUGAGUUUUUUGUAGUGAACCAAAUCUGUACUUAGAAUGCAAGAACUGAGCCUACCAGAAAAAAUCCAUAGGAAUUUGUCUAUUUACCAGCGAGAUCGUGGCUUCCCCGUGGUAACUCUUAAGCAAAAACGUGAAACCAUGACCGGGUCCUCAUCCCUCUUUUUUAAUAAUAAUGGCACAUUUUUUCCCUUUAUUAUCAUUGUCAUUUUGUUAUUAUAUUCUAUUUCACACCACCCACAGCUCUUACGUCAUCCACACGUCAUCAUCAAAACACAAAGCUCGUGCCCUUAGGAAUCACUUGUGUAAAAAAUAUAAAGAAACAUUUACCUUUCUGAUUCAUGCCCUCAUCUCAUACCAUGUAUAUUCACCCUCAUCACCUCAUGUUAUCCCAUCACCUGGUCAUGACGUGUGUUUCCCAGUGAAUAGCGAUGCUAUGCGCACCAGUGUUCAGACGCAGGCUCCUCGCAGGCCACGACAUGCAGAAGCACUCUCAAAGACAAACUGCAAAGCUUCGUCCUGCAUCUCACGUCUCGCCUCAAACUCUAAACGAAGUUAUCGACUCAUUCGAAAGAUGUAAAAAUCCUUAAAUAUAUUCACGCAAGCCAGUUUGUAUAUCCGAAACCUGUUUGCUGGUGCGAAAUUUUGUAACAGACAUCAAAUGUUGCAAAAGUUCUUUGAAAGUGCUUGGUUGUCCUGCCUGGAGCUCGCCUUUCCCUCCGUGACGACGUCGGUGGAACGCAUCUUCGAGAAUAGAUAUUGAUAAUAUUAAUUAAAUAGUUGUGUAUUUAUUUGGUUAUUCUGAUGUAAAUAAUAAUUACGUUCUGGUCAUGUCUGUACUGUAUGAAAAUAUACUCUUUUUGAAGAAAUA